AUGUCAUCGCGAAAGCCUGCGGAUGUGGCGUCGAAGGAGCGCAACGAGUACAUUCCUUCUUUCAUCUCGAAGAAACCUUUCUAUAUCGACGAUGAAACAACAGCCAACGACUACCUCGAACAUCAGCGUCUACACAAGGCAGAGAAAUCAGACAUCACAAAAUGGUACGACCGAGGCAAGCGCGCCGGCCCAGCCGCCACCAAGUACCGCAAAGGCGCCUGCGAGAACUGUGGCGCAAUGACCCAUAAGACGAAAGAAUGCUUAAGUCGACCUCGGAAGCAAGGUGCGAAAUGGACUGGAAAGAAUAUCGAGGCAGAUGAAGUGUUGCAGAAUGUAGAACUUGGGUGGGAUGCGAAAAGAGACCGAUGGAACGGCUAUGACCCGACCGAAUACCGUCAAGUUGUGGAGGAGUUCGAAGAAUUAGAGAAUAUUAAACAAAGCACUAAAGCGGAGCGUGGGGAGGAUGAGGAUGAUGACGAAGGAAAGAAUGAAGAAGCUCGUUAUGCAGAGGAAUCGGACAUGGGACGACAGCAGAGCACAGCGACACGCAACCUACGUAUUCGAGAAGACACCGCGAAGUACCUGCUGAACCUCGAUCUCGACUCGGCCAAGUACGAUCCGAAAACACGGCGAAUGGUUGAUGCGGGUGCCUCAGAGGAUGAUGCUGCGGCACUAGUUGCUGAGGAAGAUUUCGUUCGCAGUUCGGGUGAUGCCGCAGAGUUUGAGAGGGCGCAACGGUACGCUUGGGAGUCGCAAGAACAAGGAAAGCCGCAGAUCCAUCUCCAGGCAAACCCAACGUCGGGAGAGGUCAUGCGCAAGAAGACGCAGGCGGAAAGCGAAGCCAAGCGCCAAGCACAACGCAAAGCUCUCCUGGAGAAGUAUGGUGGCGAGGAACAUAUGGCGCCGACGCCACUACGAGACGCGAUGGUCGUCGAGAAUGAAAAGUUUAUCGAGUACGAUGAGACAGGUGCUAUCAAGGGCGCACCUAAGAAGGCAGCCAAAUCGAAGUAUCCAGAAGAUGUUCUCAACAACAACCACACGAGUGUCUGGGGAAGUUGGUGGCAUAAUUUCGACUGGGGCUACGCAUGCUGUUUCUCGACCGUGAAGAACAGUUACUGUACGGGAGAGGAUGGGAAGAAGGCAUUCCUGGAAGCUGACAGUUUGUUGAUGCUCCCAGGUAAAAAGGAAGCUGAAGGACCAUCAUAUGACCCUGAAGAAGGCGAUGGCUCUCGCGAAUCCCGUGAUAUGGGUAACCAGAACGGGCGCAAGGAUGCCUCCAGCUCAGGAAAGAAGAGAACACUGAUGGAGAUCCAAUCUGGAAUCAGUGAAGAGGAGCUCGAGUCAUACAAGCGGAGCCGUCUCGCCGCUGAUGACCCGAUGGCUGCAUUUACCGGGAAAGAUGAGGUUGCAUAG